CAACCUCACACAUCUCACGCGCCUCUCUGCCUCGAGGACGACAUCGCAAAUUGCAAAUUGAUGGAAUAUUCCAAGCGCGUUUAUCCAUUUCGGAUCAUAGGGGUCAACUUUCACGUUAAAGAAACUUGUUCGAUUUUUUUUUUUUUUGUUGAGGGGGGGACUCAGAUGGAUUUCGUGACUAAGGUGAGGACCUUGGGUUAUCGCUUUUAAGCGGCUCCAAUCAUUUGACAACAUUCACAUAGCAAUAGCAGCUCUCCAAAUUUGCACAAUUUAUAGAUUCGACGUAGAAUACAAUACUCCCAAUAUUCCAUCAUUUGAAACUCUCGUUUAAGGUCGCGAAGUAGGUAUCCUUGACUGAACUGUUGAAUUAUUGAAGCUACAACAUUAGCUUAUUUAUAGACAUUAGGCUAUAAAUCAUUUAUAUUAGUAAACAAAUAUUUUGUGAACAAAAGCCCGCCAAUCCCAGAUUUCUAGAGAUAUUUUGAGAUUGCGAAAAUUAUUUAGGGGAGGUAUUUAUCGCAGGUGGUUUUUAUUCAAGGCCACUCUGUCUGCCGCUCGCAUUGGACUUGUUGAAGCAGAGAACCAACUGUCAACGGGACGAAUAGUUGGAUAAAUGAGUCGUAUCACAAGGACUGACAUGAGAACGAACUCUGAACCGUCACCGUGUAGUUGCUUCAGGGGUAUAUAAUAAAGGAUAAACACAAACCAACGUAAUAACCAACCGCCUAUUCAUCUAAAUCUAUGAUCAGCUCGGUGUGUGUUUCGUCUUACCGAGGACGAAAGUCAGGUAACAAGCCUCCGUCCAAGACAUGUCUGAAGGAAGAGAUGACCAGGGGGGAGGACUCGGAGAAAAUUGUUAUCAAUGUUGGUGGCACAAGACACGAAACUUACAAGAGCACACUUAGGACCCUACCGGGGACACGCCUGGCCUGGUUAGCCGACCCGCCAGAGACAAACGCAAACAAGGAAUCCCUCCCCGUAGGACACAUAACGCCAACUACAAACGAGUUAUUUUUCGACAGGCACCCUGGCAUAUUCGCUUAUGUGUUGAACUAUUAUAGAACUGGCAAGCUUCAUUGCCCCGCCGAUGUCUGCGGGCCUCUUUUUGAAGAGGAGUUGGCGUUUUGGGGGAUAGAUGAGACCGACGUGGAGCCGUGUUGCUGGAUGACAUACCGGCAGCAUCGGGACGCAGAGGAGGCGCUGGACAUAUUCGAACCACCGGACCCAGAUGACACGGACGAUGAACUACCCAGACGGUUCGGCAUUGAGGACUGCCCGGAAAGAUCGAGGGGAUGCUGCGAAGUUUGUCAACCAAAGAUAUGGGCACUCUUUGAGGACCCCUACUCAUCCAGGGCUGCUAGAGGCAUAGCGUUUGCCUCCCUCUUCUUCAUUCUGGUUUCCAUCACUACGUUCUGUUUGGAGACCCAUGAGUACUUCAAUGACCUGCAGAACCGCACGGAACACGUGGUGGUGGGGAACCACACGGAGGAGGUUGUCUCGGUGGAGGUGGUGACCAAGCCCAUUCUGACCGUGGUGGAGGGCGUUUGUGUGGUCUGGUUCACCUUGGAGUUCUUCGUCCGCAUCGUUUGCUGUCCCGACAAGCUGCUCUUCAUCAAGAACAUGUUAAACGUCAUUGACUUUGUGGCCAUCCUGCCCUUCUACCUGGAGAUGGGCCUCAGCGGUCUGUCCUCCUCCAAAGCGGCCUCCGACAUCCUGGGGUUUCUACGGGUGGUCCGCUUCGUCCGGAUCCUCCGGAUCUUCAAGCUGACCAGGCAUUUCGUCGGUCUGAGGGUUCUCGGCCACACGUUGAGAGCCAGCGUCAACGAGUUCUGCCUGCUUAUUGUCUUCCUGGCGUUGGGCGUCCUCAUCUUCGCCACAAUGAUCUACUACGCAGAACGGAUAGGGGCCCAACCGGACGACCCCCGUGGCUCUAAACACACCCACUUCAAAAACAUCCCUAUCUCCUUCUGGUGGGCCGUGGUCACCAUGACCACCCUGGGCUAUGGGGACAUGUACCCCCAGACGUGGCUGGGCAUGAUGGUGGGCGCGCUGUGCGCCCUGGCGGGGGUGCUGACCAUCGCCAUGCCCGUGCCUGUUAUAGUCAACAACUUUGGGAUGUACUACUCCCUGGCCAUGGCUAAACAGAAGCUGCCUAAGAAGAAGAAAGCACACAACCCGAACCCGGACGCUCCCACGGACACGGCCUCGUUCGGGAAGUCUGUCGCUAACUCUCCCAGGGACACGGCCUCGUUCGGGAAGUCUGUCACUAACUCUCCCAGGGACAGUACUCAGAGUGAUACAUGUCCUCUGGCUGCAGAGGAGAAUAUCAACAGGAACCGCUCAGACUGCAAGCAGAACGGAGACGCCAACUUGGCUCUGUCGUCGGAUGAGGGGUGCAGCCUGACCCAGCCGCUGUCACCCAGCGAGAAGUGGAACCUACGGCACGGCCGCAAACACGCUCGGUCGGUCAGGGGGAACAAGGCCACCAAGAAAGAGGCUACCUGCUUCCUGCUUACCUCUGGGGACUUCUCGUGCACUGGAGGAGAGCACACCAUACGCACUGAGAGCUGUAAAGACAUCCUGGCCGCUACUGGGAACUACGCCCAACCAGAAAUCACCACUCUGACCUGAAGAAGUUGAUUGGUCGAUGAAGGAGAAUUGCGUGUGAACCAGGAUGCAGCACUGAAGGACAUGGGGUGGAGCUUCAGGUCUUAGGUCCCUCCUUCCUCUAACUGAGAUGAAGGUCCGGGUCCUUCCGGAAGGUUCUGGAAGAAGAUCUCUUGUCUUUCUGUCAAGUACACAGUACCCAAACUCUGUUGUAGAAUACGUCUAUCUGAUGCUUUAGGAGGUAUAGUUAUGUAUGUACACACAUCUGUCUGUUUCCAAGCAUUUAGCAUGUAUUGUAUUGCAUGAUCUAGCACUAUAUAAUGUACCAUGAAAGAAAAUAUCAUCAGUGAACUUAAUGUUAAGGGACACAUUUAAAGUUGAGGAGUGUUUUGAAUAUCUGAAGUAACUCCUAUUUCCAAAUGGUGUUUUCAAGAAAUUGCUACUAUUUGUGAAGGAUUCGAGUUAUUUGAUGUUUCUGUAAAAAAAUGCUGCAGUCUUUCAUCAAUUAAGUGUAAUUGGUAAAUAUUGACUAACAAAAAUUCAACAGAAAUGUGGAGUUGCACCACUGCAUGGGGCGGCAGGUAGCCUAGUGGUUAGAGCGUUGGGCUAGUAACCAGCAGGUAGCCUAGUGGUUAGAGCAUUAGGCUAGUAACCAGCAGGUAGCCUAGUGGUUAGAGCGUUGGGCUAGUAACCAGCAGGUCGCCUAGUGGUUAGAGCGUUGGGCUAGUAACCAGCAGGUAGCCUAGUGGUUAGAGCGUUGGGCUAGUAACCUGCAGGUAGCCUAGUGGUUAGAGCGUUGGGCUAGUAACCAGCAGGUAGCCUAGUGGUUAGAGCGUUGGGCUAGUAACCAGCAGGUAGCCUAGUGGUUAGAGCGUUGGGCU